GGAGGAAGAAGGGUUGGGGGUGGUCGGCUAUGGCGGACGGGUGUGGGUGAUGGAGGAGGAAGAAGGGUUGGGGGNGGACGGGUGUGGGUGAUGGAGGAGGAAGAAGGGUUGGGGGUGGUCGGCUAUGGCGGACGGGUGUGGGUGAUGGAGAAGGAAGAAGGGUUGAGGGAGGUCGGCUAUGGCGGACGGGUGUGGGUGACGGAGAAGGAAGAAGGGUUGGGGGUGGUCGGCCAUGGUGGACGGGCGAGGGUGAUGGAGGAAGAAGAAGGGUUGAGGGAGGUCGGCUAUGGCGUAUGGGUGUGGGUGAUGGAGGAGAAAGGAGGGUUGUGGGUGGUCGGCUAUGGCGGACGGGUGUGGGUGUUGGAGGAGGAAGAAGGGUUGAGGGAGGUUGGCUAUGGCGGACGCGUGUGGGUGACGGAGGAGGAAGAAGGGUUGGGGGUGGUCAGCCAUGGUGGACAGGCGUGGGUGAUGGAGCAGGAAGAAGGGUUGAGGGAGGUCGGUUAUGGUGGUCGGAUGUGGCUGAUGGAGGAGGAAGAAGGGUUGAGGGAGGUCGGCUAUGGUGGUCGGGUGUGGGUGAUGGAGGAGGAAGAAGGGUUUGGGGUGGUCGGCUAUGGCGGACGGGUGUGCGCGAUGGAGGAGGAAGGAGGGUUGGGGGUGGUCGGCUAUGGCGGACGGGUGUGGGUGAAGGAGGAGGAAGAAGGGUUGAGGAAGGUUGGCUAUGGCGGACGGGUGUGGGUGACGGAGGAGGAAGAAGGGUUGAGGGGGGUUGGCUAUGGCGGAGGGGUGUGGGUGACGGAGGGGGAAGAAGGGUCGGGGGUAGUUGGCUAUGGUGGACGGGCGUGGGUGAUGGAGGAGGAAGAAGGGUUAAGGGAGGCCGGUUAUGAUGGUCGGGUGUGGGUGAUGGAGGAGGGAGAAGGGUUGGGGGUUGUUGGCUAUAGUGGGCGGGUGUGGGUGACGGAGGAGGGAGAAGGGUUGGGGGUUGUUGGCUAUGAUGGACGGGUGUGGGUGAUGGACGAGGGGGAAUGGUUGGGGGUUGUUGGCUAUGGUGGAUGGGUGUGAGUGAUGGAGGAAGAAGAAGGGUUGGGGAGGUCCCGCAAUGGGGGACGGAC